CUCCCGGUCCCCGCCGCGGCGCCCAUGUCGCGGGCGGGGGGCGAUGGCACCGCCGCGCUGGAGCGGGCCGGGGCGGAGACGGUGAAGCGGGCGGUGGAGCUGGACCGGGCCUCUCGGUUCCAGGAGUCGCUGGUGUGCUACCAGGAGGGCAUCGACCUCCUGCUGCAGGUGGUGAAAGCCACCAAGGAUGAGGCGAAAAAGCACCGUUACCGGCAGAAAAUAUCCGAGUACAUGACCAGAGCAGAAGACAUUAAAAAGCACAUUGAAAAAGAGAAACAAGAUGGCAAAUACCAUAAGCAAAUCAGAAUAGAGGAAAAUGCAACGGGUUUCGGCUAUGAAAAGCUUUUCCAAGAGUACCUUACUGAGAUUGUUUCUGAAGUGUGGGUGGAGGAUCCGUACAUCAGGAACGUUCAUCAGUUGUAUAACUUCCUGCGAUUCUGCGAGAUGCUAGUUAAGGGGCCGUGCAAAGUGAAAACAAUCCACCUCCUCACUUCCUAUGAUGAAGGUAGCGGGAAGAGUCAGCAAAUAAGUGGCUUGGAAGAAAUACAACAGUCGCUGAGGAAUUAUGGAGUAACACUGAAUAUUGCAUUUUCACCUUCAAUACAUGAUCGAGAAAUUAGAUUCAACAAUGGAUGGAUGAUUAAGAUUGGAAGGGGUCUUAAUUAUUUUAAGAAACCGCAGGGUCGUUUCAGCAUUGGAUACUGUGACUUUGACUUGCGACCUUGUCAUGAAACAACAGUGGAUGUCUUUCAUACUAAACAUACAAAGAAAAUGUGAUCAGAUACAACUGCUUUGAACUACUGUUUUUAUAAGCAUAAAAAUGUAAGAGUGGAAGAUACUAUUUCCAGUCUGCCACCAGCUGUCUACCCUCAGAACCAAGUAUUCUAAGUACUUAGUCCAGCACAGCUUUUAUAAUCUAUAGGUUUAAGAAUAUUUGAGACUUUUCAGUCUGAGAAAACACAACUGUACAAUUCCUUCACUGUACUUCUCCCAUAAUCUUAAUUAAUACAAUCCAUGUCUAAAUUUGAUCUUCAUGUCAUAACUGACCCUUGAUACUGUCUCUCAAAGGCCUCUUUACUGUCAUUUCUCUUUUUACUAUUAAUUUUUCCUUGAGCAGAUUCUGGGGUUUAUUUCUCUAAUUGACCACCUCACAAACACUUGAAGCUAGGCUGCCACAUGUCCUCUUUUAUAAGCAGCCUUAUUUAUUUCCCAUAAUUCCGGUAUUCUAAUCAUGACUCCUGUUCAGCUGUGUUUUGAUCAAUCCUGUAAUACCUGAUUUCACAGACUUUACUAGUAACCCCAAACCUAACAUUCCAUUUUCCAAGCUCCUUGCAUGCAAACAUUGUUCAGUAUGUAGACAUUUCAGGGUCAUCUUAUGUGUCUCUGCAUGAUGGAUUUUGAACCAGAAAGGAUGUGAACAGUUGUGUUCUUUUCCCUGUCACUCCAUGUGUUCUUUUAUUCCAUGAUGUACAGUCAUAUACUUGAUUUCCAUCCUUUGCAUUAGGUGUGGAAAGGGUGUAUGAUCCUCUCCCAGUCUUUUUCCCUGACUUGCAAAUCUAAUGUUCUUCCAGUUAGUCAUGCCAGUCUCAACUGCAGUGAGCUAUCUCCCUGCUACUAAGGUAGUCCCUUAAAAAAAUAAAAUUAUUCCAGGGGAUGAAUACUGUGAAGCUUUCAUGUUAAUAAUGAUUUUAAGCAAUAUGCUAACUGGAAAACAACCCAGUCUUUUCUUGUCUUUCCUUCAUCCUUUGGAAACCAGAAGGUGUCACCUGAGCUACUGCUUCUUUUUCUUAUACAAGAUUGCUUUGUCAGCAAUAAUCUGGCAAAGUCCUAUACUCUUACAUGAAGAACAGGCAGUGGCUUCUUUUGCGGGUCCCAUCAAAAUCUUUUUCAACCUCAGGACUGAUAGGUGCCUUAUGCUUUCUGGAUCUUGUGGUACAUAUGCUCCUGUAUUCUGGUAGCAUGUUCAUUGCUAGAAAUUUUUCUCUCUUUUCUGAUUCUUUUUCCUGAAUGGCUGGUGUAUUCCAUUAUCUUUUUUUUUUUUAAUUUGCUUUAUUCUUUCACCUUCUGUCAUCUAAUGCUGCAUUCCACAGCUACCAAGAAGAAACAGAGCUGGUCUUUGCCUUGUUCUCUGGAUCGCAGUUUGCUAGGGGUCUGCCUUCUUUAUCCUUUUGCAUAAUAAUGUCUCAGCUUUUCAGUGCUACAUCAGCAAAAAGAAUAACAAAUGUGUCACAGGAACUGCAUGCUACCAGUUGAAACAUUCAAUAGAAACCCUCUUAUUGCUGAUGUGGUACUAGGUUUCUGGUCACUGUUGUCAAUUUUAUUCAGUUGUGUACAAUACAUGCCUAUUUUUAAUGGGAAUAAAUGUUAUUUUUUAUUA